AUUCGAUGGUUUGGAUGAAUUCAAACAAAAAAUCGAUUUUGCUGACAGUCGGAGAGAUACAGAACCCAAGCACCAGUGUCCAGAUCCGGAGUGGUGGUGUGAAGUGUCUGACAUUGUGUACAGUUUGAUCCAGGGCAAGCUGCUCCCAGGGUGUUCAGUGCUGGUGACCACCCGCCCCACUGCGUUACAUUUUUUGGAAAAGGCAGAGAUCAGUGUUUGGACUGAAAUCCUGGGAUUUGUUGGUGAGGAACGGAAGGAAUAUUUCAUCAGACAUUUUGAAGAUCAGAAGGUGGCGGAAGCUGUUUUCAAACACGUGAAGGAGAACGAGAUCCUGUACACCAUGAGCUACAACCCCUCCUACUGCUGGAUCCUCGCUCUGACACUGGGCCCCUUCUUCAUACAAAGAGUCAGGAACCCACAGCGAGUUCCCAAGACCAUCACCCAACUGUACUCCUACUAUAUUUACAACAUCCUGAAAAACCACAGCCGUGAGAUUGAGAACCCCCGUGAUGUGUUACUCAGGGUUGGUCAGAUGGCCUUCAGAGGAGUGUCCGGGAAGAAUAUUGUGUUCACAGAUGAAGAUUUGACCAAGUACAAACUGCAGCCUUCCCAAUUCCUGUCCGGGUUCCUGAUGGAGCUUUUGGAGAGAGAGGAUACUGCCCAGAGCGUGGUGUACACAUUCCCACACCUCACCAUUGAAGAGUUUGUAGCUGCAGUCGCACAAUUCCUGAAUCCACAUCCCGGGGAUAUCCUGAAAUUCCUCACUGAAGUCCACAACACAACAGAUGGGCGAUUUGAGGUGUUUCUCCGUUUUGUUGCUGGUCUCUCCAACCCAAUGACAGCUCGGAGCCUGGAGGAGUUUCUGGGUCCAUUUCCUCAUCAAACAACCUGCCGGGUGAUUGACUGGGUGAAGGAGGAGGUUAUACGCCAAAGUGGAAACACGAGGAGUAAAGCUGGUAAGAGGAGCCUCCUGAACACAUUGCACUACCUGUUUGAGUCUCAGAAUCGUGGACUGGCUCAGGCCGCACUGGGAUCUGUGGAAACACUUUCAUUCAGUAGAAUGACACUGACCCCGAUAGACUGCGCGGUCCUGUCUUAUGUCAUCGCACUCUGUGUUGCAAUAAAAGGCCUCGACCUGGAGUAUUGCCGCAUUCAGUGUGAAGGAAUCCAGCGAUUGGCUCCCGGGCUGCACAAGUGCCAGGAGUUGAGACUGAGUUAUAAUGAACUGGGAGAAUCAGAAGUGAAACUUGUGUCUGUGGCUCUGAGGAACCCGGAGUGUAAAAUACAGAAACUGUGGCUGAACGAUGUCGGUCUCAGAGAUUCUGGUGCCGAGGAUCUCGUCUCCGCUGUCAGUACAAACCGAUCACUGACGGAGCUGCACCUGGGAAUAAACUCACUCACCGACCAAUCUGUCCCCGUUCUCCGCCUUCUCACACUGACCCACCCGAGUCUGGAGCUGAUCUGGCUGUGGGGGAAUCAGUUCAGUGAGAACGGGGCAAAGGAACUGAGAUCUCUGCAGGAACCCAGACCGGAACUGAGGGUAUCAGUGUGAACAUCUGAAUGUGUAAACAUCCCCGCCCACGACAUGGAGACAUUUUGGCCGAUUCCCCGUCCUCCACUUUAACUCCCCUUUAAUGGCCGCUAGCCGGGGUAAUUCCCAAUGGUUCUAACAGACUCCAGUCUGGCGCGUUGUGACUUCGGAAGCUUUCGCACGGUGACGUAUACUGCCUGUUGUCCAACGGCCUAACUUCCGACGGUUGUGCGGGUUCGAGACUCCCCCAUCUGAGCCCCCGGGGGAUUACACAGACAGGUAGAGCCCCGGCGCCGGGACUCAAUCUGGGAGAGAAUCGAUUUGCUCCCUUUCCUGAAGACGGUGCAUUCGGCAGUCUGGCCGAUAUAAUGAUGUUAAAUAGACAAAUUCCUCGGCAGUGACCCUGGAUCUGCAGCGAUCCCGGACACGGCCCUGAAGUGUGAUUUUAUAAUCAUCGGUUCCCCGAUGCAGA